AUGACCAAGAUUGUUGCACUCAAUACAACUCUAAGCAUCCCGAUUGAGUCAAGUUCCAAAGCCAUCAAGCCAACAAAAGAAGAGUCAAGUGACGGAGGAUCAACCGAUGAAGAAAUGGCUCUUGUCAUGAGGAACUUCAAGAAACUCAAGAACAAGGAAAAUGAAGAGAAGAAAUACAAGGAGAAAAGCAAGGACUUCAAGAAAAGAUAUCAAGGUCGUGCUCAUAUUGGUGAAGAGUGGGAGUCAAGCCAUGAAGAAUCCGACAAGGAAGGUGUGGCAUCACUUGCCAUAACCAAGAACACAAGACGACUCUUCAACAACAUCUUCGAUGAUGAGGAUGACACUCACUUUUGUCUCAUGGCAAGAGGCAACAAGGUACAAGCAACAUCCUCCUCCACUUCUCAUCCAUCCUCCACAUCAAGUAGUGUAGAAAAUGAUUUUGAUGAUGAAGAAAAACAACAUGAAGCUUAUAUGAUCAAAGAAUUUGGUAAGAAAGGAUUUAAAGAAAUUAAAAAGCUUAUGAAGAAAUUGGAGAAAAAGAAAGAGACACUCGAUAGGCAAGAAGACUUGCUCAUCCAAGAAAAGGAGAGAAACCUUGCCUUAGAGAAGUUCCUUGCCGAGGAAAGAGCUAAAGUAGAGAAAUUAUCCAUUGACUUGUCUUUGGCUAAUGACUCUAAUAAGAGGUUGAUGAAGGAGAACACAUUGGCUAGUGAUUCUCUAGCUUCCCUUAAGGUCACUAAUGCUUGUGUUGCUAACAUUGCAAAGCUAGAGGAGUUGGUCAAAGCCAAAGAUCUUGAAAUCAAGAGGCUCAACAUGAUAGUCAAGAAUGGCUAUGAAGGUAAUGUGAAGCCCAAGCCCAAGGUCAUCUACAAGGAUGGUAGAUAUCCUACCAUAAAGGACGGGCUUGGCCACUAUAAGGGAGCAAAGGUAAAUGAGAGAAAGGUGGUCAAGGGCAAGGAAGUCCUUUCCUUCACCAAGGGUAGUAACCUUGGUGAAUUAAUGAACAUAGCACAUGGAGUGACACCUUUGAUCUCCACCUUGAACAAGAAGAAAGUAGAAGCUCCCAUCAAGUACAAGAGCACCAUGCAUGAGCCUUCACCAAGCUACACUUCGGAUUACAUGAACUCCCAGGAGAUCCGUGAGCAUAGGAGAUAUAUGGACGAGGAACUCCUCAAGUUGGAGAGGUGGCAAAAGGAAAUCAUGGCCAAAGUUGAUCUUCCUUACUCUCCAGUUCGUGAGCCUAGAGACUUUCCUACUCCUCCCAAAAUCUAUAAUCCAUGGGAUGACUAUGUUUCUCAAGAGAACCUCUUUGAUGAUGUUGAGCUUGACUAUGGAGAUCAAGAAAUGCCGGGUCCAACUCAUGAUGAGGAAGAGGAAGAAGAAGGCGAUGAUGAGGAGACUGAGUCCGGCGGUGAUGAUGAUAGUGAUGGCGAUGACGACGACGACGACGAGUAG